AUGUCUCGUCACGUCUUUCUUUUGAUCGCGCUUGUCGCCUUCCUGGGGCAGGCUGUUGCCGGUGUCCUCCCUUUGAAGAAGAAACAGGCGUCAUCUGGCUCCUUCUGCGAAAACACGCCCAGCAGUCGCUCGCAUCUACACCGACUACUAUUCUGUGGAGGAAUCGCCGAGCACGGAGUCGUUCGUGAGUACUGGCUCGACGUCGUCAACAUUACCCUGGCUCCCGAUGGUGUCCCUCGACAAGCCCUUGCCUUCAACGGCACCUUGCCUGGGCCAAUGAUUUGGGCGAACUGGGGAGACGAGAUUGUGGUUCACAUCAACAACUGCCUUGAAAACAACGGUACUGCAGUUCACUUCCAUGCCCAGACUCAGCUCAACACCAACCACAUGGAUGGAGUUCCCGGUGUUACUCAAGCACCGAUCCCUCCUGGUGGCAACUACACCUACCGAUUCAAGGCGGAUCACUACGGUCAAUCAUGGUACCAUUCCCACUUUAGUAUGCAGUACAUCGAAGGUCUCGCCGGCCCUCUUACCAUUUAUGGACCUACGUCUGGCAACUACGACUGCGAUCUUGGCCCAUUGAUGUUUACCGACUGGCGUCAUGAAUCGGCAUUCAAGGUCAUCCGUCAACUUGCCAACGGAGGAUUCGGUCUCGUGGUUGCAAUGGAGAACGCUGACAAUAUGUUGCUCAAUGGGACUAACGUUUACAACAACACGGGAAACAUCACCGGCAGUUACUUAGAGGUGGAUGUCGUGCCGAACACGAAAUAUAAAAUGAGUCUCAUCGGCGGGUUGGGCGAAAACAGUGUCUACUUCAGCAUCGACAACCACAACAUCACGAUCGUCAGUACUGACUAUACCCCCAUCAAACCGAUUGUCGUCGACCACAUCUUCGUUACCCCAGGUCAGCGCUACGAAAUUAUCUUCGAAACGAACCAAGAUGUCGACAACUACUGGAUUCGUGCCGUGCCUGCUGUCGUCGGUGGUUGUGCGUUCAAUACGAACUAUAUGACAACUGGCCGUGGAAUCCUACGUUACGCCGGAGCACCCGUAGUCGAGCCUGUCACCACGGCAUGGGAUAUCCAAGAGACUUGUCUCGACCUACCUGCCAGUCAGCUGCAGCCCAUCCUCUACAAAGAAGUGCCCGUGGACUUGGACGCCGAUUUCCUGUACGGCAUGAUUGUGGGUCACUGGAACACGUCCGGUCCCGGACGUUCUGAGCUCUUCUACAUUAACAAAAACGAGCCGGCCAACACGAGUAACACGACUACGAGUCCAUCCAACGCCCCUGCGUACACUGAUCCGUCAACCAUCACCCCGGUGUCCAAUACAACCCUCCCGGGUGAGGCUUCAUUGUUGAUUAACUUUAGCAACCCAUCACUUGGUAUCGUGGAGAACCAUGCGUGGUUCGGUACCCCCCUCGACUUCCCCGCCUCAUACAAUGUAUAUCCAUUGUAUCAAAGAGACGAAUGGGUGUACUUCGUUAUCCAAGCUCCAGGAGGCAUUGCUCACCCGAUGCAUCUUCACGGCCAUGACUUCUACAUUCUCUCGGAGUCAGACUCGCAAUUCAAUAAAGCAACGGCAUCUAUAAGUGGAACGAACCCAGUGCGUCGUGAUACUGCUAUGUGUCCUCCGUUCGGGCAUAUGCUGUUGGCUUGGAAGUCGGACAAUCCAGGCUGUUGGAUGUUCCAUUGUCAUAUUGCAUGGCAUAUCGCCCUUGGGUUGGGAAUGCAAUUCCUCGAACGUCCUGAUGAUAUUCGGAGCACUCUCAAUAUCACACCGUUUGGUGAUGAUUCAUGGUAUCAGAAUUCAUUGGCUUGGGAUGCUUACGACACCCCUCCAUUGGUCGUUCCGGAAGACGAUUCGGGAUUAUAA